AUGAUUUACGACCAGACCUCGCCUUCAACAGUCGAACCAGAGCGUCGUCAAUGGAGAUGGCUAAAUUUUGUUGCGUUUUGGAUCGCAGACUCUCUGAACGUGAACACAUGGAUGAUCUCGUCUUCCAUGAUUGUUGAUGGCCUGUCCUGGUGGCAGUCUUGGCUAUGUGUGUGGAUUGGUUAUAGCCUUGCAGCGAUAUUCGUUUGUUUACUCGGUCGAAUCGCCACUAUUUAUCGCAUCCCAUUCGCUGUCACAAACCGAGCCUCGUUUGGAAUAUGGGGUUCAUUCUGGCCCAUUCUGAAUAGGGCAGGAAUGGCUGUUAUAUGGUAUGGAGUUCAGACGUACCUUGGAGGUGAAUGUGUGACAUUGAUGAUUCAAGCCAUCUGGCCAAGUUACGCAAACCUACCCAAUACUUUACCCGCCAGCGCAGGCUUGACCACUAAACAAUUCGUCAGUUUCUUUCUGUUCUGGCUAGGAUCUCUCCCCGCUUUGUGGUUCCCAAUUUAUAAGAUUCGACACCUUUUCACCGUCAAGGCCUAUUUUUCCCCAGCAUGCGCCAUUGCCUUUUUCGGUUGGGCGAUUGCUCGCGCCCAUGGAUUGGGUCCCAUUAUGACCCAGUCUAAUACCGCCCAUGGGAGCGCAUUGGCAUGGGUAUUUGUCAAAAGUAUCAUGAAUUGCAUUGCGAAUUUUGCGGCCCUCGUGAUUAACAAUCCAGACUUUGCGCGUUAUGCAAGCAAGCCAAAGGAUGCCCUGUGGCCUCAACUCAUCACCAUUCCGGUUGGAUUUGCGGUCACAUCUUUUAUUGGGAUUGUUGUUUCCUCAUCGGCAACUGUUAUCUUCAAUCAAUCCGUCUGGAACCCUUUGACUCUCUUGGGGAUGUUUUUGGAAGAUGCAAACUCAGCAGAGAGGUUUGGCAUCUUCGUCAUUGCCAGUGGCUUUGCUUUAGCACAACUUGGCACGAAUAUUGCGGCAAAUUCGGUGUCUGCAGGUACAAAUUUGACAGCUUUGUUGCCACGAUUUUGUACAAUCCGGCGAGGAGGAUAUAUCUGUGCGGCCAUUGGCCUUGCUAUGUGUCCCUGGACACUCGUGGCCUCCUCUAACAAGUUCACCCUCUAUCUUUCGGCAUAUUCUGUGUUCCUAUCAGCAAUUGCGGGCGUCAUGACCAGCGACUAUUAUUUAGUUCGAAAAGGCUACCUCGACAUCGAGGAUAUAUACAGUGCCCGCAAGGACGGCGCCUACUAUGGGGUGCAUGGGGUCUCAUGGCACGGGUAUGCUGCAUAUUUCUGUGGCAUUCUGGUCAAUAUUGUGGGAUUCGCAGGUGCCGUGGGGGUCAGUGUACCCCAAGGUGCGAUAUACAUUUACAACAUCAAUUACUUUUCCGGAUUCAUCGUGUCCGGGGGAGUUUAUUGGCUCCUCGCUAAGAUGGUUCCUCUUCCUGCAACAAGCCAAACUUGGAACGAAGUGCCAUACGAGAGCCGGCUGGAUGACCGUGAGGAGAAAAAGGUGGAGGAAGCCUGA